AUGCAUAUUUGGAGAAGCGUCUGUACUCCACUCAAUCAGAGUCUUUCAAAGCAAUUCUUGAACUAUACAGGAUGUGCUAAAAGUAAGAAUGAGACCAUCUUCUUCCGAACGCAAGAUCAGGAUGAACCUCAACCUCUUUUAGCAACAUGUCCAAGGGUUCAGCUUCCAGUGAAUAAGCUGGCUUUCUCUCCUGAUCCAUUCACAUUCAUAGCUUCUGAAUUCCCUGUUACAGUUCAGCUUUCUAAUGACUGUGCUUCAUGUGUUUCUGACAAAGGGAUAUGCAAGCUCAACAGCACUGGAGGAUUUUAUUGUCUCAACGGCAUAUAUAUAGGUGUAACAAGUGGAACUGUUGUGAUUAUAAUUGGUUUGGUUGUUUUUCAAUUGCGGAACAAACGAAGACACAAGUCUUUGGGCUCACAAAAUCAGUCAAGAACCAUUGAAUCUGAUAAUACUCACUCAAAUGUAAUCCUAGAAGAUAGACACAUCUACUUUAAGUUCCCCGUCUUCUCCUAUGAGGAACUCGAAGAAGCAACAAACAAAUUUGAUCGAUCAAGAGAACUUGGAAGCGGAGGCUUUGGAACUGUUUACUAUGGAAAACUUAAAGAUGGACGAGAAGUUGCUGUUAAGCGGCUGUUUGAGCGCAACUCAUGUGUACAGCAAUUCAUGAAUGAAGUUAAGAUUCUAACAGGCUUGCGGCACAAAAACCUUGUGUCACUUUAUGGCUGCACUUCCCGUACCAGUCGUGAACUGCUCCUAGUCUACGAAUAUAUUCCAAAUGGAACUCUUGGUUGUCAUCUUCAUGGAAAUCUAGCAAAACCUGGUUCACUACCGUGGCCCUUGAGGAUGCGGAUUGCCAUAGAGACAGCAAACGCAUUGUCCUAUCUCCAUGCUUCUGGCAUCAUUCACCGCGAUGUCAAAUCCAGCAACCUUCUUCUAGAUCACCAUUUUUGUGUCAAGGUUGCUGACUUUGGUAUUUCCAAAUUGUUUCCCAUGUUUGUGUCUCAUGUCUCCACGGCUCCAGCAGGUAGCCCAGGUUAUUUGGACCCCGAAUAUUACCAAUUCUGCGAGCUUACUGAAAAGAGUGAUGUUUAUAGUUUCGGAGUCGUGCUGAUUGAACUCAUAUCUUCUAAGCCAGCUAUCAUUGUUACAAGGGCCAAGGAUAAGAUUAAUUUGGCAAAUAUGGCAGUUAAGAAGAUUCAGAAAAGAGCGUUUACUGAGUUUGUAGAUCCUUCCCUUUGUUUUGAGUCUGAUGACAAGGUUAAGGAGAUGAUAAUCUCAGUGGCAAACUUAGCUUUUCAGUGCCUACAGAGGGAUGGAGAGCUAAGACCUUCCAUGGAUAAAGUAGUGGAGUUUCUGCAGAAAAUUGAAAAUGGGAAGGAUGAUUAUCUAAAGCACCUAGAGUUUCGUGGUGUUGGGUUUUCGAACUGGGAGAUACAUACAUCUCUUCCAACCUCACUACUUUUGGAUGGAGCUGGAUCACUAAAUGACUCAAUGCCACAACUCCCUCCCCGUACAGUAUGAUGAUGAUUGUAAAAUUAAAGUAGUUUUAUUGUACCUGAAAGGGUGUUUGGUAAGCUUCAAAAACACUUUUAAAAUGCACUUUUAUAUAAGUCGAAAUUAAACUCCUCUUACAUAGUUAUUUCGAACUCUGUAAUACAGUUCUUUCCA